AUGGCAAUCAAGAACAUUAUUAGUCUUUUAGCACCAAACCAUCUGCUGGAGAAACAACACAUAAUAUGCCAGACAAUCAUUAUUUUUCUGUGCACUUUUCUUUUCAUUACAGCGCUGCCCUGCUGCAGCAGCUUGCAAGUUUCUGUCCAAAGGAGAGAAUAUGAAGUUGCAAGCGGAGAUGAUGUUACCUUGACAUGUUCGUUCGUCCCUGCCAAUCCAGACAUCACUAUGAUGGUCCUGACAUGGGAAGCUGUGCAAGAGAACAACAAUGAGGAUCCAUUGAAAACUGUGGCCUCCUAUUUCUUAAACCAAACACCUGACAUAGCCCCUGACUAUGAGGGCAGAGCAACCCUGACUGUUGAUGUGGCCAGACGAGAGAGCAGCCUCACCUUGACCAAGGUGACGGAGCUGGACAGCCGAAAUUAUCAGUGCAGCGUUCUGAUCCACAAUGAUGAUGAGGGAACAACAAGUGCCACCACUUACCUUUUGGUCCUGGAGCGUCCCUCCCCGCCCAUAUGCAGGAUUCAAGGCAAUGCAGAAUACUGGAACAACAUAAGUUUAACCUGUGUGUCCGAGAAGGGCUCCCCAAAACCUAGCUAUGCCUGGCAAAGCUACAGUGUCCAAAACGUGCCCCGGCAAUUUCCACCCAGGACAACUGAGAAGGAUGGCGUCCUGUCCCUCUUCAACAUCUCAAUGGAAACAUCCGGAUUCUACAUCUGCGAGUCGACAAAUCGAGUCGGCUCUGCCAGCUGCAACUUGACGCUCACUGUGAUGCCUUACUCCAUGAACAUCGGUGCAACCGCAGGAAUCAUUGCAGGAGUCUUAGCAGGCAUUGUGUGUCUGGGGAUUGUCAUCUACUGCUGCUGCAGGAAGAAGGAUCAAAAAGACAAGUAUGCUGAAGGUGCCCCAGCAGAAAUGGAGUUCCAUGACCAAACCAGUCCUGAAACUGGAAAGCAGUACUUUGAUGACAAGUCAAGCAGCCAGACGAGGCCACGCGUUGAGCAAAACCAGUUUGAGGAGACAAGUAUUCGCCAUCAAGACAGUUACACUGAAACCAGCGCUGUACCUAAAUUUGACGAUGACCAGCACAGUUAUGUUAGCGGGAAAGAGAGCUCUAAGGCUGACAACCGCCAUUACCAGGAUGACCACCAUGAUCGUCACAGUGGCAGUCGGGAUCGCCUUGACGACCAAAGUGAUCACCAUGGCAGCAGUCGUGGUCGAUACGAUGGGAGUCGUGAUCACCCUGACGACCGCAGAGAUCGUUAUGGUGGCAGUCGUGAUCGCCUUGACGACCAAAGAGAUCGUUAUGGUGGCAGUCGCGAUCGCCUUGACGACCAAAAGGAUCGCCAUGGUGGAAGUCGCGAUCGCCUUGACGACCAAAGGGAUCGUUACGGUGGCAGUCGCGAUCGCCUUGAUGACCAAAGGGAUCGCUACAGCGGCAGUCGUGAUCGAUACGGUGGCAGUCGUGAUCGCCUUGACGACCAAAGGGAUCGCUACGGUGGCAGUCGUGAUCGCCUUGACGACCAAAGGGAUCGCUACGGUGGCAGUCGUGAUCGCCUUGACGACCGAAGGGAUCGUUACGGUGGCAGUCGCGAUCGCCUUGACCACAGCGAUGCUCGCUUUGAUGAGAGCCAAUACGACUAA